ACGAGCUGAGCCUUCUGCUGCUCGUUAACGCUAGCUUCAAACAUUCCUGAUGCUAGUUAGCUAGCUCCUGAUUCAGCUAUUUUAACAACAUUGUGGUUAGAAAACCAGCUUUAUUUCACAACGCAGGUCUGUGUAGAAGGCUCGUGUUGCACCUAUACGGCACAGGAUCGCGCUUUUUGGGCAUAUUUGUAUAUUUUUUCUGCGCUAGCUAGCCAAGGUUAGCGCGUUAGCUAACUGUACCAUCAACAUGAACAUAGACAACGUUAAUCAGUCUGUCACAACCGGAGUGUCCUCCUCGACCUCUUCCACUUCAAGUAACUGUAUCGUUAACGAUAAUGCAACUACUAACGUCAGCAGCAUCCAUUCGGUCACGAGUAACGCUUCAGCGGCCAUGGUGACCCCAUCAGCGGACUUGUCUGUCUCCAACGGCGUGUAUGUUCCCGGUGGGAUCACCAACGGAGACAUGAAGCCGGCCCUCGCCACCACGCCCCUGGCAGAUUUCCUUAUGCAGUUGGAAGAAUACACUCCCACGAUUCCUGAUGCAGUAACAGGCUAUUACCUAAACCGGGCUGGCUUUGAGGCUUCUGACCCAAGAAUAAUCCGUCUGAUCUCCCUUGCUUCUCAGAAGUUUAUCUCAGACAUUGCCAAUGAUGCGCUGCAGUACUGUAAAAUGAAGGGCACCGCCUCGGGAAGCUCAAGGAAUAAAACAAAGGAUAAGAAGUACACUCUGACUAUGGAGGACCUGUCUCCUGCUCUAUCAGAAUAUGGCGUCAAUGUCAAGAAACCCUAUUACUUCACAUAGAACCAACUUUCUUUGAGGCUUUUUACUUUUGCUAGUUUGGUGUCCCUGCUGACCCACUAGAGUAUGUCACCACCUUUAUUGCUACAUGUUUUUUUUUUUUAGAUCAUGGCGCUGUAGUACAGCAUUGACAAAUCGUUGUAGUUACUUUGCCAUCUGUUAUUUUUUGUGGAGCCACAUUUGCAUUGUUAAAUUGUUCAAUUAAGUUUUGUUGUGAAAAUAAAACCCUUACAAAAAACGU